GUUUUGAAUGCAUGGUGCAGAAAAAAUGAAUUCUACUAUGAGUGAGGAGCCUGAUGCACUGUCUGUAGUUAACCAACUCCGAGAUCUAGCAGCUGACCCACUGAACAGACGGGCCAUUGUUCAGGAUCAAGGAUGCCUGCCAGGUCUUAUUCUGUUUUUGGACCAUCCCAGCCCUCCGGUUGUUCAUUCAGCUUUACUAGCUCUCCGCUAUUUGGCAGAGUGCCGUGCCAACAGAGAAAAGAUGAAAAGUGAAUUGGGUAUGAUGCUCAGCUUACAGAAUGUAAUACAAAAGACCACUACACCGGGAGAGACUAAACUUUUAGCUUCUGAAGUCUAUGAUAUCCUUCAGUCUUCCAACAUGUCAGACAUGGACAAUGUGAAUGAGAUGAAUUAUCGUCGAAGGAAAGCGCAGUUUUUCCUUGGCAGCACAAAUAAGCGUGCCAAGACUGUGGUUUUACAUAUAGAUGGCCUUGAUGAUUCGUCUCGAAGGAAUCUUUGUGAAGAAGCGUUGCUGAAAAUUAAAGGUGUUAUUAGUUUUACCUUUCAAAUGGCUGUUCAAAGGUGCGUGGUCCGGAUUCGCUCAGACUUAAAAGCAGAGGCAUUGGCAACGGCAAUAGCGUCAACCAAAGUCAUGAAGGCACAGCAAGUUGUGAAAAGUGAAAGUGGUGAGGAGAUGCUGGUUCCGUUCCAAGAUACUCCAGUGGAAGUAGAGCAGAACACAGAUCUACCUGAAUAUUUACCGGAAGACGAAAGCCCUACAAAGGAACAGGACAAAGCAGUGUCUCGUGUUGGGUCACACCCAGAAGGUGCAGCAAGCUGGCUCAGCACGGCAGCAAACUUUCUAUCAAGAUCUUUCUACUGGUGACUUGUAUUUGGCGUUAAAAGACUGAGUGAAUGAACCAACAGGGGGGCCAGUUUUCCAUUGGUGUGGUGAACUGCCAAGUGCAAUUUGCAAUAAAUUAUCACAAAAAUUUUAGAUUAAGCAAAUGUAUGCUGCAUUUUACAUUUUAUCGGACGUUUAGCCUGAUAGGGCAGGGGUCAAAGGACAGAGGCCUCCAAUCAAAUUGUUCUUUCAUUUGUUUUUCAUGUGGAUUUUAUUGCUUCACUUUUUAAAAAUGGGUCCACUGUUAUAUACCAAAUGUUUAUGCAUAUAGAGCUUUAAGUUUGACUUCACAUGAAACACAUGAUAGGGAGAAUCCAUUUAACUCAAGUCUCAGGGCCUCUGUGAAAGAAAAUUCUUAAUAGCUCUAGCUGUGCAUUAAAUAAAAUGCCCCUUUUAUUUCUGCACACCUUUGGA